AUGGAAUACGCCAGUGACGAUGGUGAUGAUAUCUCAAAAGAUAGUGCGGAAGAAUUGCUGAAGGAUGGCAACGAAAAUGGCGCCGAGCAUUCCACAAUAUUCCGUCUACAAACUGAUUCCGACGCAAUUCCAUCAGGUCCAAACGAGACAUACAUAAGCCUCAUCAUACACGAACCCGUAACAAGAAUCCCUUUUGACGCCUUUCGAUCUUGGUCUCGAUUGGAAUCCGUUGUCAUUUCAUCGCUGGUGAUGGAUGUUGGUAUGUCAGCCUUUGCCGAAUGUAACUGCCUGAAGGAGGUGGAGAUGAUGUCCUGUACAAUGGUUCGGAUCGGAGCAUCCGCCUUUGACGGUUGCCCCAGCCUGCAAACGGUUAGGUUUUACGAAACAUGCUCCCUGGUGGAACUACGAGACCGUACCUUUAAAAAUUGCACCGCCUUGAAGGAGUUGCAGUUGCCAGCUGGCCUCAAAACGAUUAUGGAUCACUGCUUUCUAAAUUGCACGAGUUUAGGCCAAAUGGACUUGCCGAAAGGUUUGGUCGAGCUGGGGGGCAGUUCCUUUAUGGGCUGCACGACUUUAAAGGGCAUUGAUAUUCCUGGAUCUGUCGUUCGGAUUUGCGAGUUGACCUUUUGCGGGUGUUGCAGCCUCAAGUCCGUUAAUCUGCAGGAAGGACUCCUGUCGAUCUCGAGUUCUGCGUUUUCCUUCUGCCUUGCAUUGGAGAGCGUUCAAUUUCCGAGCACUCUGUUUUCGAUUGGAUCCAACAGCUUUGCUUCCUGUACCAGUCUUGUGAUGAUCGAAUUGCCGAUUUACCUCAGACGGAUUGAUGAUCGGGUAUUCUCGGCUUGCUCCAACCUGAAACGAGUUUGGGCUCCACCAUUUUUGGAGUCUAUUGGCCAUCGUGCCUUUCAAUCCUGUUCCAUUCUUGUUUCAAUCGAGAUACGUCAAGAUGGAAAUCUUUCGUCCAUACGUACCAGUGCGAUGGAAGGAUGCACCAAUCUUCGGAACAUAGCAUUGCCCCCGACAGCAAAUCCAAGUGAAUUGACGUUUUCUCAUUGCCACGAAAUGAUUAAGCGUACAAAAAACAUGGAUUUAUUGGAGGCACUGCAGAAUCGAUUUGAAGGACUUACAGUACAUGACAUUUGCUAUCAUGGUGGCAAGGACCUAACAGUCGCUCGAUUAGAGGAUGCUCUUAACGCCGAUUCCAAUGAAAGCUUCUUACGCCGUGACAAGCUUGGUUUGAAUCUACUGCAAAUCUUGCUCUUAUCCUUCAAUCCAAAGAGAGGAAUAUUGAUCUUCUUGGCCAGGAAGUAUCCAAGCUUCGUGAUUCCCGACUCAUUUGGCAUUCGACUGACGAUCGAUGCUGCGGUCCAAAGGGUAAUUGACGAUUUGUGCUACUUGGAUUCAUUGUCCACGAUGCAAGACAUUCUGGAUGUAUCACUCUAUCAUAGAGUCAAAAUGUUGGGAGCGCAGACCUGGAAAAACACCAUCUACAAUCUUGUUGGUUCUCUGUCGAUUGCACAUGAUUUUUGGACGCGGAAGGAUGGUAUUCUUCGAAUCCUGUCCAAGUUGGAAAGUUACGAACGUCUGGAAACGACAUCAUUGUUGGAGCUCGCGGUAUGGAAGUCAGCCUUGGUGCUAGGUUGGAAGGAUCCAAAGAAGCUUACAACACGAGAACGGAAUGGCAUUCGCGUCACCAAUGGAUCCAACGUGAUUAUUCCUCAAGUGGCACGUUUUUUCUGGGACGUGGAUGUUGAUUAG